UCCACUGACCUGCUGUUCUUUCCUGCUUCCCUCUCUUCCUGCGUUUUUUCCCUCCACAUUUAGAUUAAAAACAAAGCUCUCUCUCUCUCUCUCUCUCUCUCUCUCUCUCUCUCUCUCUCUCUCUCUCUCUCUCUCUCUCCCUCUCUCACUUCACCCCUCCCUCCUUCUUUUUUUUUCUUCUUCUUCUUCAUCUUCUUCUUCUCCUCCUUCCUCUUCUGUUUUCUGCGGCAGUAGUCAGCGUUGAGGAGCAUCAAGAGGAGGAGGAGGCGGCGGACACUGUUCGGACGCGUGUGUUUAUGUUUGUGUGUUUUGCCAUUGGACGGCCGAGCGAAGGGGGGGCACGCGGAGCAGCAGGAGGGAGGAAGAGGAGGGAGGAAGAGAGAGAGAGAGGACUUGCCUGGAUGACAUUCUCUGUGUCAUGUCACUACGCGUGGACCUUGACUGAUCACGGGGUGAGGAAAGAGGGAGAGACACUGAGAGGAAGACGAGGAGGAGGAGGAAGAGGAGGACAAACUGAGACUUUGGGUUCACUGGGAAAAGAAGAAGCAGCAGCAGGAGGAGGAGGAUAAGGAGGUGGAUAAGGAGGAGGAGGAGGUAAAGUCUGGUGCUCUGUUUAAUCAUGACAGUGUUGGAGAAACCUACCGACGGAGUGAGAGCUCUCUAGCUGUGUGUCAACAGAGACUCACAUCUGAGGACAAUACGCAUACAAAGACUGCGGAGGACUUACUGAUAGAGAGACAGUGUGACCAGUGGAGGGCGGAGGAGUGGAGGGCCAGGGGACGAGCCUGGCCAUCACACGGACCGGCAGCCUCUCCUCUCCUGGGAUCAUGUACCCUCAGGGCAGGCAUCCGGUACCCUUGCAACCUGGCCAGUCUUUCAAGUUCACAGUCCUGGAAACCCUGGACCGAAUCAAGGAGGAAUUCCAGUUCCUCCAGGCCCAGUAUCACAGCCUGAAGCUGGAGUGUGAGAAGCUGGCCAGUGAGAAGACGGAGAUGCAGAGGCACUACAUCAUGUACUAUGAGAUGUCCUACGGUCUCAACAUCGAGAUGCACAAGCAGGCGGAGAUUGUCAAGCGUCUCAGUGCCAUCUGUGCUCAGAUCAUCCCCUUCCUCUCUCAAGAGCACCAGCAACAAGUGGUCCAAGCAGUGGAGAGAGCCAAGCAGGUCACCAUGGCAGAACUCAACGCCAUUAUCGGGCAGCAGCAGCUCCAGCACCUGUCUCACCACGCCCCCGGCAUUCCCCUGACCCCCCACCCGUCAGGCCUGUCCUUGGGCGCGGGAGGAUCGGGGCUCCUGGCGCUGACCGGGGCCCUGGGGGUCUCAGCCCACCUCGCAUCCAAAGACGAGCGCAACCACCUCGACGCUGAACAUCUUCGAGAGGGAGCACCCAGCAGGAGUAAGUCAGUGUCAUCAACAGACAGUCAGCCCACUGAGGAGCGGCAGGGCCCGUCAGGAGGCUACUCCUCCUCACAGGGAGGAGCUGAGGCCAAGCGGAGGCGCUGUGAUGACAAAGAGCCUCUCCCACCACACUCCUAUGACAGUGAUGGGGACAAAAGUGAAGACAAUCUUGUGGUGGACGUCUCCAAUGAGGAGCCGAACUCUCCUCCAGGCACCCCUCCUCACUCCCCCCACGGGAACGGUUUAGACCGGGCCCCUACCUUAAGGAAAGAGCUGCCGGGCUGCUCGAGCACAGGAGAGGCCCCCUCCCCCCCGAACACCCGCAGCCCCACCCCAGGCAAGGCCAAGGACCUUUCACAGAUGGAUAAGUCCCAGUCUCCAUUGUCUAAGUCUGGCACCCCGUCCCCUUCCCACCGCGAGGCCCUUACCCCAGGAACCCCUGGAGCUCCUGGUCCCAGCACCUCCUGCCUUCGUCUGGUCAGCAAAGCAGCCACCAGUGCAGACCCCCUCGCUCUCCGCAGUCCCAUGUCUGUGCCCCCCGGUUCAUACCCAGCUCAUUUUGGCGUGGUGUCCCACGCAGGACUGAACGGGGAGCUGGCCAGCCCAGGAGGUUUCGGCGGCGCUCUAACUCUGUCCCCACAAAUCAGCGCGGCAGCCAGUGCCUACUCCCGGAGCCCCAUGGUGGCGUAUGAGUCGCGAUCUCACCUUAGAGCACCAGGGCUGUCCUCUUCUCUGCCUGGCUCCUCUGGAGGAAAGCCCGCCUACUCGUUCCAUGUGAGCGCCGACGGCCAGAUGCAGCCGGUGCCCUUCCCCCCCGACGCCUUGCUGGGCCCGGGAAUCCCUCGCCACGCACGCCAGAUCCACACCCUGAACCACGGGGAGGUGGUGUGCGCCGUCACCAUCAGCACCUCCACACGCCACGUCUACACCGGAGGGAAGGGCUGCGUCAAGGUGUGGGACAUCAGCCAGCCGGGCAGCAAGAGCCCCAUGGCCCAGCUGGACUGUCUGAACAGGGACAACUACAUCCGGUCCUGUAAAAUCCUCCCCGACGGCCGAACCCUGAUCGUGGGCGGUGAGGCCAGCACGCUGUCCAUCUGGGAUUUGGCCACGCCCACCCCGCGCAUCAAGGCGGAGCUGACGUCCUCCGCCCCCGCCUGCUACGCUCUGGCCAUCUCCCCCGACAACAAGGUCUGCUUCUCCUGCUGCAGCGACGGCAACAUCGUCGUCUGGGACCUUCACAACCAGACGCUGGUCAGGCAGUUCCAGGGCCACACGGACGGAGCGAGCUGCAUCGACAUCUCCAACGACGGCACCAAGCUGUGGACGGGGGGGCUGGACAACACGGUGCGCUGCUGGGACCUCCGAGAGGGACGGCAGCUGCAGCAGCAUGACUUCACCUCGCAGAUCUUCUCUCUGGGCUACUGUCCCACGGGCGAGUGGCUGGCUGUGGGGAUGGAGAGCAGCAACGUGGAAGUGCUGCACGUCUCCAAACCUGACAAGUACCAGCUGCACCUCCACGAGAGCUGCGUCCUCUCCCUCAAGUUUGCCUCCUGCGGCAAGUGGUUCGUGAGCACAGGAAAAGACAAUCUGUUGAAUGCAUGGAGGACACCAUAUGGAGCUAGUAUUUUCCAGUCCAAGGAGUCCUCAUCGGUGCUGAGCUGCGACGUCUCCCCGGACGACAAGUACAUCGUGACGGGCUCCGGGGACAAGAAGGCCACGGUGUACGAGGUGGUGUACUGAGGGGCCGGGUGGAGACGGAGAGGGGCAGG